UACAUCUUCUCUGAUCUUCCCAGGCAACAUAUCGGAAGGACACUCGUCACUCGUUAGACUCAUUGCUCACUGACCACAUUCUCUUAUCACUCCACGUUACGCACCGACGACCUGCUGGACAACGUCGACCGUUUCCAAGACCUUUUAUACGACUACUAUUUAGCGCCUUUUUAUCUAUCAUUAAAGACCUCUUGUUCUUCCCUCAAGAGGACAUGGCUGUUGCACAGAGCUUUCUGAACCAGUCCUCUACCUCUUCGCGAGUCCGUUUGUCUCUCCAGACAAUCUUCAGUCACAACCUACUCCAUCGAUCACCGAAACGCUCUGCAGGCAAAAUGAGCUCAUCUUCUUCUUCCGUCAAGUCAUCACCCAGUUCAAGCUUCAGUAGCUUCGGACAAGGGGCACGCAUGGCGGCACUCGAUUUGAAUACUACGUUUGGUCCCUCAUCGGCCACAUCGAGCCCUCACUCUUAUUUACGCCGACAACCUUCAGCCAUCGACGUUGCCCUCGAGGAGGAGAGAUAUGCUGAUCCAGUGGAGAUGAUCGGGCUGGGUCUUCUCGAACCCCGUCCGCUCGCUCAGUCAAUGCCACCUUCUCCAAUGGAACUUGUGCACGACCACAUGCAGUCUCCGGUCAUCUUGGACGGAAUCUUCGAAAUCAUGGAAAGGUCCUAAGCGUCCCCACGAAUUAUGCUGCGAAAGAGAGCGAGGCUUCAAUAUGCACUGGCAUCAACCUGCUCUGGGAGGUCAUCAUCAAAGCGUUCCGAGCGGAGGAAUCCUGCGACAGCGUUUCAAGGGACGAGUUUCAUGAAGAUAUGUGUACAUGUAUAAGAGUUGGAUAUUCGAUUCGGGAUGGGAAAUUCU